UUCAAGCACUGUGGACACACUCUCUCACACACACAGCACACAUCGUGACGGUGGUUGAUUGAAAUAAAGUGAAGCACAAGUGAAGUUCGUCGGGAAAACACAGUAACACAGGGGGUUGGCAAAAAAAAGUAGGAAAAACUCAAGCCGUCAAGGGACGCAGGAUUACUCGGAGAUAGAUGAGAGUGGCUUUUCUCUGGUGCUGCUGCUGCUGCCACUACUGCUAGCACUGUUGUGCUGUGUGGCACGAUGCUUGACAAUAAUGUGUACCCAUCCGGGCGGUGGUCGUAUUUUGCAAACACACAGAUUAAGCACUUGUUUUCUCGGUAGCUCGGUAGCUAAAGCCCCGUUUGGUUGCUUGCUCUGCCGCUACUACUGCUGUUUUAUGGUGAAGACGAAAUUACGUUUUUGUUUCUGCCAGUGCAAGGACUCGGCAGAUUUGUAUGGCACCAAAUGCAAAGCAACACUCACUCACACUACCCACCUACCCAAGUGAAGUGUUUCCUUGCCAAGGACAUAAUGAUGCCGUCUUCUCAUUAGUGUCACUUUUGCGCCAUGCUCUCUCGGUUGUGGAGCACUUUCGGGUUUGUGAAAUGAGAUGAAAAUAUGAGCCUAUUUAAAAAGCAAUUUUAUGCCACCGGCGGGCAACAGCAAAGUGAGUGUGUAGCUUAGCAACCUAUGUUUUUGGCUUUUCAUCAAAUGUUGCCCAUCCGCGCCCUUUCCAUCUAGCAGGCUCUGAUCGACCGAGGCCGAGAAAGUUGUACGAGCGCACCACAGUGUAGGGUUUUGGUUGUUAAUAGCAUCUUAGGUUCCGUGCUGUCCGGGUAAUAAAUUAAGCAACAUACACACACACACACACACAUAUGCUUCUGCAAAUAUGGCCUACACAACGCAGAAGCAGUUUCUAAGCGUUGCGUUCCUGAACGAAGACCCGAAACUGCCGAGCCGGAAGCGCAGCGAUGCAGUGCUGAAGUCGUACAGCUCGUGCUACGACACCCGGGCCUGGUCGCUCGAUGUGCUGAAGCAGUCCCAGUUCAUCGGGGACGUCGCAAACAGAGCCCUAACGCAAGCCGCCAGGGCGCCACUUCACUCCUUUUCCGGUGCGGAACUUACGAAAGAAAUCUUAGUUCGGCUGGAUGCCGACAAUCUUGCUGACUACAUUCUAAGCCUAAGGGAUGAGGUAAAAAAGCGGAACAGCUCCAUCGAAGCGCUGGAGCAGACAAAGGCGGACCUUACCCAAAAAACUGAGCAGCUGGAUGAAAAAUUGAACGCGUUGGACGAAGAAAAUCGACUGCUGCGGGCGGAAAUUGAGCGCAUCGGUGCCUGCCAGGAGCAGCAGCGCCAGACGAACCAGUUCGACGAGGCGGAGCUUGCCGAAAUCAGUCAGAUGAUUAUUGAUCUGCGGGACUAUAACGAAAAUCUGGAGGAUGAGAUGCAGAUAUUGCGCAACCAGCUGCAAACGGCGGCCGCAUCGCCGGUCGGCGACAAUCAGGUCACUGUGGAGGCCGAGAACAACUUUCUCAAGUUCAAGGCGAAGGAUUACGACCGGCUGGAGGGUGAGCUGGCACUGUUUAAGGCGGAGUACGACAGUUUGACGCUCCAGAGGCGGGAGCUGGCGGAAGAGCUGCACCGGGCCCAGCAGUACCGAUUGCGAGCCGUGGAGUUGAAGCAGGACCUGAAGGAGGAACUGCACCGUCGGGAGAUGUGCGAGGAGCAGAUUGAAAUGUUGGUGAACAUGUACGAACAACAAUCAGUUGAACUGAAUCAAUUGAAACGUCAGGUGCACACGUUCGAUCGCUCCUCCCAAGAUCGUCUUUUCGAUGAGUCGACGGAAGAUCAUGACGGUUCGCAAACCACAGAGACACUGAAUGUCGCUCAAGAUGAUGAUGGCGGUAUUGAGUUAGUUGAGACGAUAUCCUUUGAAAAGCCCGCUGCCUGUCUGAAUUGUCCCGAACACCUUAAAAACAUUGAGGAUCUGAAACGAGAAAUCGCUUCGCUGCAAACUCAGACUGCCAGUCAACCGCAAUCGAUCCCGCAAGACAAUACAGACGCACAGAAACAGUUAAUGGAUCUACGCCAAGAAUUGACGGACUGUAAACGCCAACUACAGGAGUCAGCGGCAGCAGCUGAAUCCUCCAAAUCUUCACCGCAAGUCAACGCCGAUCAACAGCAACAGAUGGCAGAUCUGCGGCGGGAGUUGACAGACUGUCAACGGCAGCUCAAGGAAGCAACGGACCAGUAUCAAGCACUGCGAGCGUCUUCCACCGCGGACGGGCAGGAGCUGGAACGUGUGAAGCUGCAGCUGGAGCAGCUAGCCAGCGUUUCCGACGCACCUGCCGGACAGCUGGAACUGUUUGCCGCAAAUGAGAAGCUAGGCGCGUUGCAAAAGGAAAAUGAAAAGCUUCAAAAAGAGUUGUCCGAAAACAAAGCUCGCAUCGUUGAGCUGGAAAAGAAGGUGCAAUCGGCUGCGUCAAGUGUUCCGGCUGCGCCGCCUACCGGUGGUGAGUGCUGUGCAGAGAAGAUCAACAAAAUUUCCGAACUGGAGCAAACCAUUUCCCGGCUGAAGGAUGAUGAUGCCUCGAAGGCUGUUGUGAGCGCCAGUCCGGCAGCUGAGGCAAGUGCGGAAAAUGCGAACCUUCUUCAAAGAAUAACAAACCUCGAAAAGGAGCUGCUGGAGCGGGAUCAGAAAUUGAAGAUGCUACAGGAAGCGGUGGAUAGGAAGGGUGUGGCUGCGACGGCGGAAGCGACCAGCGUCGAUGGUGCCGAGAUGAGCGCGCUGUUAUCUCAGCUGGCGGAAAAGAACGAACUGAUUAAAAGGCUGCAAGAUAAGCUGGACACCGUGUCGUCGGUCCCAGCAGCUGCCGAUGAUGAUGGACGGGCAUGUCAGGAAGAGCUGGCCGAGCUGCGGGUCCGACUGGAGGCGUGCGAAGGUGAAGCAGCCGCCCGGCUCGUGUCGGACGCGCUGCCCGAACCGAGAAAGAGUGUCCGAAUAAGCGACGAGGUGGAAGAGUUCGAGCCACUGUCCAUCAAGGAAGAGCUGGGCAGCGAGCAGGACGAGAAGGAAACGGAGGAAAUUAAGGCCGAACCAUCGGACGAGCAGGAAGAGGAGGAGGAGGAGGAGUCCGACAAUGGCGACAACGAUGGUUCGCAAACGUCCGUCGGGCACAAGAAACGGCUGAACAGCUCGCUGGAAAAGCUGGAGCAGCUACAGGAGAACCUCAGCAAGCGCUGCACGCUGGCGGCCAUGAUGGGCAGGCAGCCGGGGGUCGAAUGUGACUGCAUUCAGGCGAUAGCGUUCAAGAUAGCGCAGGGCGGGCUGGAGGUGCUGCUGGUGGCGGAGCUGUACGUGCUGCUGCAGGAGAUUUGCAGUGCCAUCACGCGUAAGAACGCCGUGCUCGGGAGGAAUGUGACCGUGCUGGCCAACAGCAUGACCAAGUGCUGGCAGGUCAUCACGGAUGCACGGGUCAUGAUGAACAUGGAGCUGACGAACCGUACCAGCCACCACCAAUCGGUGACGUCCGUGUCGGCCCACUGCAUGUCCGUGCAGGAGGUGCGCGAGGGAGCAGUGGAGGAGGGGGAGGAGCAGGACAACCGUACUAGAACCGCCAGCCACACGGCGGGUCAUCUGUCUCGGCCGAGCGGAUGGGUGGGCACGGACGGUACAAGACCAUCGACCAUACCGCCGCACCAAUCGAUGUCGGUUGGCAGUGACGAUAACAGACACUCGAACGCGCUGGAUGUGCAAAGGCGUCGAACGAUCAAAUGGAUGGAAAAUGUGAAGAAAUCUGGUCGGUGAAAUUUGGAAGCCAGCGUCUCGUGACGAGCGUGUUUCAUCACUUGUUCGAGGUUCACUUGAUGCAGAACGCAAACACACUCAAAAAUUCGCACAAACUCAGACAAAUUAAAGUGUAUUUCAGAUUUACCAGAACUAAACAGACCGGCGGAGAUGGUUUAUCGUUUAUUUGAAGGUUGCUUCUUUGCGUCGGAUCUAACAGUUUCUACCAUUAAAUCUGUUGUGUGCGAUGAGUAGGAGUGGAAAAAUCCCAUCUCCAUCUCCUCAUGCUCCUCAC